AUGGCCGCGCCGCAAAAGCAACUGGGAGAGGUGGCAUUUGAAACCCGGAAGCAUCGGAGCUGGAGGACGUUUUGGAGGCUAGGGCGACACAAAAAGACGCGUCUGUGGACUCAAGAACCCGGGCCCGACAGCGCUCUGCCUGUCUCUGGGAACCCUGCAUGCGGUGGCUCCUCGUUCGUGAGGACACUCUGGCUGCUAAUUGCUGACGUGAUGCAACUGCUCAUUGACGGCCACCUGUUUUGGGGCCAAACGCACCCAAUACUCGUGAAGGAUUAUGUGAUCACACAGUAUAUCGCCGAGUUCAUCAACACCCUCAGCAGCCUUGUGUUUGCUGCGUACGGUAUGUGGGGGUUAUGGCAGAUCCGUCACAAGGCAAAUGCCGCCUCUCGUUCUAUUCCGUACUUUGGGUUGAUUGGUGUCGGCAUCUGCUCUACUGGAUACCACAUGACCUUGAAAUACCACACCCAAAUGUCGGAUGAGUUCUCUAUGCACCUAUUGACGACGCCUCUCCUGUAUAGGGUCAUGACCUACAAGACUGACGCGGCAUACACUCGUCGGGUUGGAAUCAUUCUCUCUGCACUGUUUGCAAUUGUCAUCACCACCCACAUGGUCAUGGACGAGUUUCUACUUCACGCUACGAGCUUUGGCUUGGCCGUCUAUCUUCUCGCCGCCGGGUCCCUAAAGAUUAUUUCAAAAGGCACGGACGAAAGCGUCAAGGGAAUUCGCCGAAAGCUGGUCAUGUUUGGCCUGUUGAAUUUCGUCAUCGGGUAUCUAGCCUGGCUGAUCGACUCGUUUGCCUGCUUGACCUUGACCCGGAUGCGAGAGUCGGUCGGCCUGCCUUGGGCUUUCCUGUUUGAGUUUCAUGGAUGGUGGCAUGUUCUGACUGCUAUUGGAGGCUACACGGCUGUCGCCACUCUUGAUGCGGUCACUUCGGAUGAGGCUAUCACCAGCUCUACAACAUCUUUUGCCUGGCCUGUUCCGAUGGCUGUGAGUUUCUUUGAGGGAGGCGAGAAGGCUGCUAAGAAGGGUUGA